AACGUGACGCUGCUGAAGAAGAAGCUAAAGUCAGUGGGAGGAAUGUGAAUAAAAAGGACCAACAUAAGCGUCUGUGACCGUCAGAAGUUAGAUUAAAGGAUGAUGUGAAGAUGACAGCGACUGCCCUGAAUGUCCCCUCAGUCAUACGUUCAGCAGCUAUUCGAGGGUUUUGACAGCAUUGUCUCCGCUGUCGGCCGGCCACAUGACCCUCUGGGAGCUGAAUCACGGUGGCAGAUCUCCAGCCAGUUGCUUCUUUCAGUCUGUGGCAGCAGCUGCUCCAGAGUCGGUCCAGUCGGAUUCCUGGGGAGCUGCAGCAGGCGGGGGCAGAGCAGCUAUAUUUAGACAGGAUUAAAUUGCAGGGUCUUCACACCGGGACCCUUUUCUCUGCUCUGCCUUUUCCAGCCAGGACCAACUGCCAAAAGGACCUGUGGCCGCCGUCUCCUUCCUCUCUCCACCGUUUGUCCUCCUGACACAACAUGGACCCCAACGCCAUCAAGGAGGAGCUGCGCCUGUUCCAGAGCACGCUGCUCCAGGACGGCCUCAAGGAGCUGCUCAACGAGAACAAGUUCGUGGACUGCACCCUGAAGGUGGGCGACCGCAGCUUCCCCUGCCAUCGGCUCAUCAUGGCCGCCUGCAGCCCCUACUUCAGGGAGAUCUUCUUCACCGAGGACGGGAAGGAGGUGGAGAACACCAAAGAGGUGGUCCUGGAUGAUGUCAACCCUUCCAUCCUGGACAUGAUCAUCCAGUAUCUCUACUCGGCUGAGAUCGACCUCACCGAUGACAACGUUCAGGACAUCAUUGCUGUGGCCAACAGAUUCCAGAUUCCUUCUGUCUUCACGGUGUGCGUCAACUACCUCCAGAAGAAGCUGUCCAUGGGGAACUGCUUGGCCAUCUUCAGGAUGGGUCUGGUCAUCAGCUGUCCCAGGCUCGCUGUGGCAGCACGCAACUACAUCGCCGACCGCUUCGAGUUCCUGUACAAGGAAGAGGAGUUCCUCCAGCUGGCAGCCCACGAGCUCUUCGCCAUCAUCGGUGGAGACUCGCUGAACGUGGAGAAGGAGGAGCUGGUGUUCGAGGCGGUCAUGUCCUGGGUCCGCCAUGACAAGGAGCGCAUCAAGGUCCUGAAAGACGCCUUCAAUUGCAUCCGCUUCCGCCUGCUUCCCGAAAAGUACUUCAAGGACAGAGUGGAGACCGAUGAGAUCAUCAAGGCCGACCCGGAGCUUCAGAAGACGAUCCAGGUCGUCAGGGAUGCCUUCAAGGGGAAGCUUCCAGAGAAAUCCAAGAAGGAAGGGGAGGAGGGGGCUGGAAAGGAAGGAGGCGAGGACGAGGACAGCCUAUUCCCCGGCUUCCUCAACGACAACCGCAGACAUGGCAUGUACGCCCGCGACUUCAUCGUGAUGAUCAACGACACGGCAGCGGUGGCCUACGACGUGGGCGAGAACGAGUGCUUCCUUGUGGCCAUGUCGGAGCAGGUUCCACGCAACCACGUCAGCCUGGCAUCGCAGAAGAACCAGCUGUACAUCAUCGGAGGACUGUUCGUGGACGAAGACAACAAAGAUGUGCCUCUACAGUGCUACCUCUACUUGCUGGAUCCGCUCACAUCCGACUGGGUCGCCCUGCCGCCCAUGCCCUCUCCAAGAUGCCUCUUCAGCAUCGGAGAGAGCGACAAUCUGCUGUUCGCCGUGGCUGGAAAAGACCUCCAGACCAACGAGUCUCUGGACACCGUGAUGUGCUACGACGUCGAGAAGAUGAAGUGGAUCGAGACCAAAAAGCUUCCUCUGAAGAUCCACGGCCACGCUGUCGUCUCCCACAAAGGAAUGGUCUACUGCAUCGGAGGAAAGACGGACGACAACAAAGCCCUCAACAAGAUGUUCGCCUACAACCACAAGCAGUCGGAGUGGAGGGAGCUGGCGGCCAUGAAGACGCCCAGAGCCAUGUUCGGAGCCGUCGUCCACAACGGGAAGAUCCUGGUGGCCGGAGGAGUGAACGAGGACGGCCUGACCGCCUCCUGUGAGGCCUACGACUUCUCCACAAACAAGUGGGAGGCUUUCACAGAGUUCCCUCAGGAGAGGAGCUCCGUCAACCUGGUGAGCACCGGCGGUUCUCUGUACGCCGUGGGCGGCUUCGCCAUGGUUCAGAUGGACAACAAGGAGGUGGCUCCCACAGAGGUCACCGACGUCUGGCAGUACGAGAACGAUAAGAAGCAGUGGGGCGGCAUGCUGAGGGAGAUGCGUUACGCUGCCGGUUCUUCCUGCGUGUCGAUGCGCCUCAAUGCCGCCAGGAUGCCCAAACUGUAGACACAACGCCUUCCUUCUUUCUCUUUCUCUUUCUUUCUUCCUUCCUUCCUUUCCUCUUUCCUUCCUUCCUUCCUUCCUCCUUCCUUCCUUCCUUUCCUUCUUCCUUCCUUCCUUCCUUUUUUCUUCCUUCCUUCCUUCCUUCCUUCCAUCCUUUCCUCCUUCCUUCCUUCCUUCCUUCCUUCCAUCCUUCCUUCCUUCCUUCCUUCCAUCCUUCCUUCCUUCCUUUCCUUCCUUCCUUCCUUCCUUCCUUCUUUCUGUCCUUCCUUCCUUCCUUCCUUCCUUUCCUCCUUCCUUUCUUUCUUUCCUCCUUCCUUCCUUCCUUCCUUCCUUUCCUUCUUCCUUCCUUCCUUCCUUUUUUCUUCCUUCCUUCCAUCCUUUCCUCCUUCCUUCCUUCCAUCCUUCCUUCCUUCCUUCCAUCCUUCCUUCCUUCCAUCCUUUCCUCCUUCCUUCCUUCCAUCCUUCCUUCCUUCCAUCCUUCCUUCCUUCCUUCCUUCCUUCCUUCCAUCCUUCCUUCCUUCCUUUCCUUCCUUCCUUCCUUUUUUCUUCCUUCCUUUUUUUCUUUCCUUCUUCCUUCCUUCCUUCCAUCCAUCCUUUCCUCCUUCCUUCCUUCCUUCCUUCCUUCCUUCCUUUCCUCCUUCCUUUCUUUCUUUCCUCCUUCCUUCCUUUUUUCUUCCUUCCUUUCUUCCCUUUCCUCCUUCCUUCCUUCCUUCCUUCCUUUUUUCUUCCUUCCUUUCUUUCCUUCCUUCUGUCCUUCCUUCCUUCCUUCCUUCCUUCCAUCCUUCCUUCCUUCCUUCCUUCCUUCCUUUUUUCUUUCCUUCCUUUCCUUCCUUCCUUCCUUCCUUCCUUCCUUCCUUCAGUCAACCCCUCCCAGCAUCCUCUGCCCUCGUCGGGUUGACCUUUGACAUUCAUGUUCCUCUGGUGGUUCUUCUCUGUACCACAAACUGCUGCUUCAAAGACUGCACCAUCCCCACAGUACUGGAAGAAAAAAGGAGUUCAGACUGAUCUCUGAAGCUCUGUUUACGUCCUUUCUAGCUCUUCUUUUGUAAAAUAAACAUUUGUAAACUUG